AUGGCUGAAACCCCCGCUCCCGCUCCCACUCCCACCUCCAUCUCUGCCACUCCUAUUCCUGACUCUGCUCGCCAUCUCCAUGCUAUCCUCACCGACAAUGUACCACACUGCAGUGGGACCCUCGCGCCGCAGCCUCGAGACUUCAUCCUGUAUUACGGGAAAGACCAGCCCGGUCGGGUGGAUCUUUCUAGUGCGACCAUCACCGAGCUGGACCAGCUCGAGAGUGCAUGCAAACCCGCAACGUUCGGCGUGAACCAAGAGGACGUCCUCGACGAGUCCUAUCGCAAAGCUGGCAAGCUCGAUGUCGACUCCUUCUCGCUCGGGUUCAAUCCCGACACCGCUGGUCUGGUCGAGGUUCUUCGCUCCGGGCUGUUCUCCGGUUCGGGAGAGAACAGGGAGAUACAGGCGGAGCUGUACAAGCUUAACGUCUACGGAAAGGGCUCGUUCUUCAAGUCGCACAAGGACACCCCGCGCGCUGAACACAUGUUUGGCUCUCUCGUCGUUGUCUUCCCAACUCCCCACGAGGGCGGUGCACUCGUCAUGCGACACAACGAGCACGAGUGGACCUUCGACUCCGGCAAGAUGCUCCUUGAUCCCGGUGUCCCCCCUAGUGUCGCGUUCGUCGCCUUCUUCAGCGACGUUGACCACGAGGUGACACCCGUCGUGUCCGGACACCGCGUCACCAUCACCUACAACCUCUACUUCCGACCUGCACCAGAGCCCCAGGCGAGCGUCCCCACCACCACUGCGCUGCGCCUCCACCAGCCCAGUGCAGCGAACUCAUGUGCGAUCUCCGACGCGCUCAACGCGCUCCUUGUUGACCCUACAUUCCUCCCGAACGGCGGGACGCUCGGGUUCGGGCUCCGCCACGAGUACCCGCUCCCGAAGACGUGGAUGUGGGGCGACCCAAACCCUCUCCUUGCCCUGGAAGGCUGGAUGAAGGGCGGCGAUGCUGCACUACUGAAUGCACUACGCUCCCACGGACUGUGCCCCGUCCUGCGCAUCUUGUAUGAGGAUAAGGACGGGUACCAGGAUUACAUCCUCCCGACGUUGCUCGACCACAUCCCAGUCGUCGACUGGGCCGCGGAGGAACAGGUCGACUACUUGAUGCUGCACGAGUUCCACGCGACGCGGAUGUACCGUGUCGACCUCUUCGCGAAGCCGGCACAGGACCCGCCUGCGACUGGUCGCCAGGCGCGCCAGCGCAGAUACGUCACGCAGGCCGACGAGGAGCGUUAUCGGCCUCGCAAGAGCGCGACGGUGCAUAUGCUGACGGACGUGACGAGCAUCAAUAGCAUCAAGUCUGCCUUCAUCGCGUACGGCAACGAAGCGGGCCUCAAUUUGGUCUACAUGAGAAUAUGCCUCAUCGUGGACGUCGGGCCUGCGGGAACGCGCGAUCAGGUGGAUGUGAAAAGAUGGGCGGCGACGAAGCAAAACUCGUAG